UUAGGCAUGCUUCACUCCAAGUUAUCAUAUUUGUAUUUCCAGUUAGGCAUGCUUCACUACAAGUUAUCGUAUUUGUAUUUCCAGUUAGGCAUGCUUCACUCCAAGUUAUCAUAUUUGUAUUUCCAGUUAGGCAUGCUUCACUCCAAGUUAUCAUAUUUGUAUUUCCAGUUAGGCAUGCUUCACUCCAAGUUAUCAUAUUUGUAUUUCCAGUUAGGCAUGCUUCACUCCAAGUUAUCAUAUUUGUAUUUCCAGUUAGGCAUGCUUCACUCCAAGUUAUCAUAUUUGUAUUUCCAGUUAGGCAUGCUUCACUCCAAGUUAUCAUAUUUGUAUUUCCAGUUAGGCAUGCUUCACGCCAAGUUAUCAUAUUUGUAUUUCCAGUUAGGCAUGCUUCACUCCAAGUUAUCAUAUUUGUAUUUCCAGUUAGGCAUGCUUCACUCCAAGUUAUCAUAUUUGUAUUUCCAGUUAGGCAUGCUUCACUCCAAGUUAUCAUAUUUGUAUUUCCAGUUAGGCAUGCUUCACUACCAAGUUAUCAUAUUUGUAUUUCCAGUUAGGCAUGCUUCACUCCAAGUUAUCAUAUUUGUAUUUCCAGUUAGGCAUGCUUCACUCCAAGUUAUCAUAUUUGUAUUUCCAGUUAGGCAUGCUUCACUACAAGUUAUCAUAUUUGUAUUUCCAGUUAGGCAUGCUUCACUCCAAGUUAUCAUAUUUGUAUUUCCAGUUCAGUAUUUGUAUUUCCAGUUAGGCAUGCUUCACUCAAGGUUAUCAUAUUUGUAUUUCACGUUAGGGCAUGCUUCACUCCAAGUUUAUCAUAUUUGUAUUUCCAGUUAGGCAUGCUUCACGCCAAGUUAUCAUAUUUGUAUUUCCAGUUAGGCAUGCUUCACGCCAAGUUAUCAUAUUUGUAUUUCCAGUUAGGCAUGCUUCACGCCAAGUUAUCAUAUUUGUAUUUCCAGUUAGGCAUGCUUCACGCCAAGUUAUCAUAUUUGUAUUUCCAGUUAGGCAUGCUUCACUCCAAGUUAUCAUAUUUGUAUUUCCAGUUAGGCAUGCUUCACUCCAAGUUAUCAUAUUUGUAUUUCCAGUUAGGCAUGCUUCACGCCAAGUUAUCAUAUUUGUAUUUCCAGUUAGGCAUGCUUCACGCCAAGUUAUCAUAUUUGUAUUUCCAGUUAGGCAUGCUUCACGCCAAGUUAUCAUAUUUGUAUUUCCAGUGGAUGUUCACGCAAGUUAUAAUAGUUGUAUUUCAGUUGGGCUGCUUCACUCCAAGUUAUCAUAUUUGUAUUUCCAGUUGGGCAUGCUUCACUCCAAGUUAUCAUAUUUGUAUUUCCAGUUAGGCAUGCUUCACUCCAAGUUAUCAUAUUUGUAUUUCCAGUUAGGCAUGCUUCACUCCAAGUUAUCAUAUUUGUAUUUCCAGUUGGGCAUGCUUCACGCCAAGUUAUCAUAUUUGUAUUUCCAGUUGGGCAUGCUUCACGCCAAGUUAUCAUAUUUGUAUUUCCAGUUGGGCAGGCUUCACGCCAAGUUAUCGUAUUUGUAUUUCCAGUUAGGCAUGCUUCACGCCAAGUUGUCUUCAACAUUUAUUUAG